CUGUGUACGAGUACAGUUAGCUAGCUCUAGACCAAUGGGUACAGAUAACCAGACCCUCUCCGCGUACAAUACUGCAAGAGGGUCUGACUGCACGAUGCUGACAGAAGUGAUGGUAAUUUGCUGGUUCUCAAUUCAUCGCUCCAAUGUCUUAGAGAGAAUACGCGGCAAGUUCUUGCAGAGAGAUUGUUCAACGAUGCCCCCACUCUGUUGAUGGCAUCUACUGGAUUGAUCCAUCUCAUGAUUCGUCACCCUUCAAGGUGUAUUGUGACAUGACGAGUGAUGAUGGAUUUGGAUACACACUUGUCGCUCGCUUCUCAGACACUACAUACUUUGUGACAAGCGAACUGAAUUUUGAUCCAACCGACAAGGUGAUCUUUCCAGGCAUCGUUCAGCCUAAAUCAGCCAAACUUUCCGAUUCUGUGAUCGCCAAACUCUACACAUCCCACAUCCGGUGGAUCACAACCGAAAAUGCCAACUAUUCAAUGUACUUCGAACUACAAUGUGGUCAAACCUAUACAACAACAGGUACUAUGAAUCAACGCUGCAGUCGGUACUUGCUGAAGGGAAAUAGUCAAAACCAGAAGGGUGUGGAUACAUGGAGUGUGUGGUAUAGUCCUAAGAUUGAUUUUGGCGUGUCAACACGAGAUUAGGGCGGCACCAACAAAGUAUUCUGUGAGUAUAAGUCGAGUGGCACUUCUGGAGGUUACAUAUCAAUGCGCCACAGAACGAACUAUUGGGAUGCGUGUGGCAGAGCAAACACCAGAUGUUCGGCUGCUGUCAACUCUUUCCUCAUGGUAGGUUGAGUGUACUCGUACUUCAAGUGUUCGUAUGUGCUUGUAGACCGACUCGUAGUAAGUCUGCUAGUGAUUGCUGCAAACUAGCAUACGUGUGUACGUAUAGUUGUCUGUAGGCUUAUGAUCAUUCACAAUGGCAUAUAAGGGAUUGGUGUACUCACCUCUA